GGUUCCGGUUCCCAGACCGGGGCUAAUGACUUCCCCUUCAGUGGGUCGGCUACCGGGUUCGCUGAGACCCCCGGGAGCCUAUGAUCCAGUAGUUCCAGCCUACCAGUCCUCCAGCACUAUCGUCCCACCCUCAGCCAGCACCAUGGCCACUGAUUCCUGGGCCCUGGCGGUGGACGAGCAGGAAGCGGCUGCUGAGUCGUUGAGCAACUUGCAUCUUAAAGAAGAGAAAACCAAACCAGAUGCCAAUGGUGCUGUUGUCAAGGCCAAUACUAUUGCAGAGAAGACAGAUGAAGAAGAUAAAGAGGAUAAAGCUGCACAGUCCUUACUCAACAAGCUGAUUAGAAGUAACCUUGUGGACAACACAAACCAAGUGGAAGUCCUACAGCGGGAUCCAAACUCCCCUCUCUACUCAGUGAAGUCCUUUGAGGAGCUUCGGCUGAAACCACAACUUCUCCAGGGAGUCUAUACCAUGGGCUUCAACCGUCCCUCCAAGAUACAAGAAAAUGCAUUGCCUUUGAUGCUUGCAGAACCCCCACAGAACUUAAUUGCUCAGUCUCAGUCUGGUACUGGUAAAACAGCUGCCUUUGUGUUGGCCAUGCUCAGCCAAGUAGAAACUGCAAACAGAUACCCCCAGUGUCUGUGUCUAUCCCCAACAUAUGAGCUUGCCCUUCAAACGGGAAAAGUAAUUGAACAGAUGGGCAGAUAUUACCCUGAUUUGAAACUGGCUUAUGCUGUUCGAGGUAACAAAGUGGAAAGAGGUCAGAAGAUCAGUGAACAAAUUGUCAUUGGCACCCCUGGGACUGUCCUGGACUGGUGCUCUAAACUCAGGUUCAUUGAUCCCAAGAAGAUCAAAGUGUUUGUUCUGGAUGAGGCUGAUGUGAUGAUAGCUACUCAAGGCCACCAAGACCAAAGCAUCCGCAUCCAGAGGAUGCUUCCCAGGAACUGCCAGAUGCUGCUUUUCUCUGCCACCUUUGAAGAGUCUGUCUGGAAAUUUGCCCAGAAAGUUGUCCCAGAACCAAAUAUUAUCAAACUGAAGCGUGAGGAGGAGACAUUGGACACCAUCAAGCAAUAUUAUGUCGUGUGUAAUAACAAAGAGGAGAAAUUUCAGGCCUUGAGUAACCUCUACGGGGCCAUCACCAUUGCUCAAGCUAUGAUCUUCUGCCAUACCCGCAAAACAGCUAAUUGGCUGGCAGCAGAGCUCUCUAAAGAAGGCCAUCAGGUAGCUUUGCUGAGUGGUGAAAUGAUGGUGGAGCAGAGGGCUGCAGUGAUUGAGCGCUUCCGAGAGGGCAAAGAGAAGGUUCUGGUGACCACCAAUGUGUGUGCCCGAGGUAUCGAUGUUGAGCAGGUGUCCAUCGUCAUUAACUUUGACCUCCCCGUGGACAAGGAUGGGAAUCCAGACAAUGAGACCUACCUGCACCGGAUUGGACGCACUGGCCGCUUUGGCAAGAGGGGCCUGGCAGUGAACAUGGUUGACAGCAAGCACAGCAUGAACAUCCUGAACAGAAUCCAGGAGCAUUUUAAUAAGAAAAUAGAAAGAUUGGACACAGAUGAUUUGGAUGAGAUUGAGAAAAUUGCCAACUGAGAAGCCCCACCAAUCACUGGUGCCCAACUUGUCACUGACCCUGCAUGGGAGACAAGUGAUUUCAUGGCAUCUGCCUUUUCAGUCACCAACCACAAGAUGAAGACUGAAGUAGAGAGAAACUACCUACCUCAUUUUAAAUUACGUUUGGACUUGACCAAAAUUGAACAAAAUGAUGGGGGAAGGUAGAGAAAAAAUGUUUACACAACUUUUGAAGAUUAGGCGUGAAUACACAGAAAUUUACCUUUUGGAAAUUCCGUCUUUUUUUGGUCAGCAUUUUCCCCAUCUUGAUGCUAAUCUAGAUACUGUGGCUAAUCAUUUUCUCAGGAUCCCCUGACUCUGUUGCUAUAAUGUUUGGGCCCAUUUCUAGACCAUGUGGUGGUAAUGGAAUAGAUAUGAAGAGGGAAUACAGAAAGAGAGGUCAUAAUAUAGCAAUCUAAAACAUUCCAUCCAUUUGGAACAUGUUGUGAGACAGUAAAAGAGGCCUGGGUUACUAUUUUGGAUUUGGGGUAGGGCAGCUCACUUAAGUAAUGUCAGCUCCCUCUCUCCUGAAGCCUACAGCAGGAAUUUGCUAGCAUGUACAAAAAUGCUAGCUUGCAACGGCUGCUAUUUGCAGGUUUGUGCUGCUGGGCUUGACAUGUUCUUCUCAACAGGUAUAGUCUGUGUAUAGUGCACAUCUGAUUACUGGUGUCUCUUGCUUGUGCUUGAACAAGUCCUGUAGAGCAGAAGUCAUUUUGGAGAAUUAGUGGUAACCCUUGCUUGCCAGGAAACCAUUUACCACCUAGUGUCACUGGCUCUUGGGUCAUAAGUCACAUCCUUCAUAUCAUCUUGACCCCUUAGUAUUUCAAACAAAUAGAAGGUGAUUUGAAGUUUAGAUCCUCAGUCAAAACUGUGGUUUAAAGUCUAUAAUGGUCUUCUACAAUGGCCUACUUCAAGGUAGCAUCAGAUAUUAAUAGCAGUAGACAUAGACCCUUGCUGUUUCCAGAAUCCCAGAAAAGCAAUUUUUGUCAGAACUAGGGCAAAUUCAGAAAUUUGGCAUGUUGGUUAUAAAGACAUUCUGAACAAUUGUUUUAAGUGUUUGGAAUAUUAAUAGGUGCUAUAAAGGGGAUAGAUGGAAUAUAGCCAUUUAUCUGUCCAAGGCAAGAGUAAUACCUAAGGCCUAUUCUCCAUUCUUGCUUGACAUCUAUAUAGUCAGCAAAUAAUAGUAAAAUGGACACUUUCUCACAUUUAGUCAAAGCAAUUGGUACCUACAGAAUUGACAAAGCAUAGAUGAGAUGAAAUUUAAUUGCAUGGGCAGUAUGAAACCCCAGACAAAAUAAGUCCUUUUUAUCUCUUUGACCUUGAUACAGAAUGGACACUUUACCUUGGACCAAACCUGGAAGAGGGAUUUCUGUGAUGAGAAUUAUUUCAGUCCCUGAUCAUCCUUUUACAUGUUUCUGUGUUUCAGAGCUAGGUUUAUCUCCUGAGAAAGGAAUGAGCCAAUGUCUAUCCCCUGGUGUCUUCCUUACUCUGAUAUUCCAGAUACUAUAGGGAGCCAUUGGUGGUCAAAUUCACAUUGCCCAAACGGGUACUUGCCUGUGUAGAGUCUUAAAUGCUUUUAGCCAAACUUUGAUCCAGCUGGUGAGUCUACUGAGAUGAAACUAUGCUACCCCAAAGUUUUGUGGGCCAAGUGUGAAGUAAUUCAAAACAAAGACAGUAACUAAAGAAGUAGAGGCUCCUCAAAAGGCUGUAGCUGACAAUGUCUCUACCUUCUCUUACCAUCCUAUCUACUGAGUAGUCUCAAACUUAAGCAAGAAAAUGGGAAAGGAUAUUCUUCAGAGUCUUCAAUAAUAUGAGCAAAUGGUUACGAAACUUUUCAUUAGUAGAAGUAAAUAGGUACCUGGUAGAAAUCUGUAUCAGUGGUCUUAAUCUGGGGGGUUGGGCCCCUAAGAAUUCCUUUGAUGGGUCUUAUUAUGCCUGUGCAGUUAUGUAAAAAUUUUAGAUCAAAUGCAAUUUCAAGGAAGCAACUUCCAAAGGAAUGUCUUUUAAAUAGGCAAAACUGUGGGAGUCGGGCAGUAGUGCAUUGGGUUAAGUGCACAUGGUGCAAAGUGCAAGGACCAGUGUAAAGAUCCUGGUUUGAGCCCCAGCUCUCCACCUGCAGGGGAGUCGCUUCACAUGUGGUGAAGCAGGUCUGCAGGUGUCUAUCUUUCUCUCCCCCUCUCUGUCUUUCCCUCCUCUCCAUUUCUCUCUGUCCUAUCCAGCAACAAUGACAUCAAUAACUACAACAAUAAAACAAGGGCAACAGAAGGGAAAAUAAAUAAAAUAAUUUAAGAAAAAAGGCAAGACUGUUAUGGAUGCUUCUGGAAUAUCACCCCAGUGAGAUUACAGUUCACAUUCCUUCAUAGUCUGUAUUUUCCUGCCAAUGCCUGGCUUCCAGGACUUAAUGGCCCACAUCUGUGACUUUGUCCAGCCUUGGGACAUCAGUGAUAAAAAUAUAUUGAGGCCUUGGUGAGUAUCAGUUCCAGGGUUUCUUUUACUAUUGUUAGUAAAUUCCUAUGUAUAGAAUGACAAAACUGCUAUGGGACAUAGAAACAAUUGGGAAAAUAUUUUUAUCUAAUGGGAAAUUCUGCUUAUUUCCAUAAUCCAUUACAAAUGGAUUUUAUUGUCUUUUUUUUACUUUCUUUUUCUAGUGUUAUCCAUGGCUGUAUGCAUAAGAUCUAAUCAACUGUUGAUGUACUUUGUUAUUGAUGUUAACAAAAUUAUGAAGUGUUCAUGUUAUGAUUAUUAGAGGGAAACAGCAGCAUGUUCUUGGUUGCUAUUACUAGUAAUUGAAUGUAAGUGAAGAUUAUUUUAUUUCAUAGACUAGCUUCACCUAGGCAUCACUAUAUCAUUUCAGAAAGUUAGCACUGCCUCAGCAUAAGCAAUUGACAUAUCAACAGCCCUCCUCAAUUGCCAGAGGACUCUUCACAUGACUUGCUUCCUUGCUAAUAAACCAGAUGACACUA